AUGCCAAAUUGUUUGUGUCAAGUCUUGAUGGUGCUCUUGAGUCUGCGUGAGGGACUUCAUGCUGCACCUGGGCCCCGGCCAAGGCCUAGCGACCACCGAGCUGAGUUCGAUUCCAUCGUCAACCUGGCAAGGAGCCUGCUGAGCGACACCAAGAACCUCGUCAGCCACUUUAAAAACCGGUACCCAGCCGAAGGCGAACACAAGCUGGAAUCACUGCCUGUUUUGUCCAUGAAUGCUGUGGAGCUCUCCAACAUCCAGGUCUCGGGGGGUCUGGCCCGCCUCAGCUCUGACUUGCAGUGCUAUCAACGCCACUUUGAAUGGCUGCGGAAAGCAGCUUCACUGCUCAAGCCCAUGGAACACGACAUCAGCACAGUGCAUAACCGGCUGGACCGCCUUCUCAAAAGACUGGAGCACCUGAUGACCAAGCUCAGCCUCUCCCGGCCGAACGACCCACUGCCAACCCUCCCAGCUCAUGGCACCCACUGGUCUGUGGUUCAAGCAGGACAUGCCAUCGUCCACUCGUUUCACCUUUACUUGGACUGGGCUGCCCGUGUGCUAGUUCUGAUUCGGAACAAGCUGUGACCGGCAGAGAAACAGAACUACUGUGGGUAUUUUGGAAAGCUUCUACACGGACUCGGAACUCUUGAAUGUGUAAGGAAAUCUACAGAACAAGUGCUGCUGGAUUCCUUCUUGGGGGUGCUGCGGGGUGGGAGAGGUCCACCUUUUGGCCCACCUGCGCCCUUCCUGCACUGGGCGAACGAGAGGUGGCUUCUCUCAUUCUCAGAAAGAUCACCUCCUCUCCUCACUCCCCCUACAGCCUUGGGAAGAAGCUGGGGACAGGCUGUUUCUUCCUCUUCCAAAGACAUGCCUGCCCUUCUGCUGGAUCUGUGUCACCUGUCAGGGGACUCUAGCCAUGUGUGGCUUGUUGAAGUUCUGCCUUGUAAAAAUCAGUAAUGGUGGAUUGUCUGCACCAGAGUCCCUUCCUCUGCAUUCCUGGUCUCACCCUGCAAUAUGCACAUUCCGGGAGAGUUGGGGAGCUUUGGUCUGGGAUGACCCCCAACUAGCUGAGUAGUUUCUUGAGGACAUGCUGUGGAAUUCCCCAGUGGGUUCGGGGUUCCAUACCAUAUGGGCUGAUGUGAAAACCGAUUUCCUUGAAGAGAGUACAGGAGUGGGCAGAUUGCAGACUUGUGGGAUUUUGUUGGUUGGUUGGUUGCUGAGAGUCCAGCACAACCCAAAACUGUGGACACAAUCCAAUGCAGAAUUCAUGGUCUCCCACCUGCUUCAAAUAGCGUAUGCUGGAUUAGAGCCCAUGUGUGUGCAUAGCAUUUUGAUCCCCCAAAAGGAGUCUCUUUCCCCCUCCAUUAAUCGGGAGGCAUGGGAUUACAUUUUUAAAAUAAAGUUUAGUAUUUGGAAGAUAAGAUAGACAUGAAAACUACAUGCAAUGGCAUCCCCCAUCUUUUCCUGAACACACAGGAGGAAAUUAUCUCUUUUGACUCGGUGCCUGAUGUGAUAACCACAAGCAGCCUCCCAGACUUACAUAAGUACAGAUCCUAUCAUCAUCCCUGGGGAUGAUUGGAAUUAUAGUCCAAAACACAAAGGUGCCUGCCAGGAAAGACUGCCUCAUCUGAAAGUGAAGCAUGUGCUUCUCCAUUAAAAAUAUUCUGUUCUUCAUAUGCACAUUUAUACAGAUUUCAGCAAGCAAUUGGCCAGGUACCCAAUCAACUUUUAAAGAGCUUUCAGAAA